GCUGUGCUCAGACGCGUUUGAAAUUUGUUUAUUUUUUCUCCUGCUCCUGUCUGACAGUUGCAAGUUGAAUUCUAUCUUAUUUUUUUCCUGUUUGCGGUCCGCUCGGAAGAAAGAUCGCCAUGACCGACGAGAAAAAGAAAAAAGAAGAAAAGGAAGAUCCGUGUGCGGCCUUCGUCGGAAGCUACGUCCUGAAGACGAUGCGCCUGAAGGAGGAAAAGUGGCAGAAGCUGAUGGGCAACGAAGACUUCAAAGUGAUCGUCAUGGAGUGGGUCAAGCGGGCCAACGUCCGGCGGCUGAUCGUGACACUGAACAAUGCCGGUGCGCUGAUUCCGACCCAUUUCUUCCCGACGACCGGCAAGGGCAAACGGUGCUUCUUCGUCAAGGUCACGGAAACGGUUCUGAAUGUGGACGACAUUCGGGAGCAAAUCAUGUACGGAGACCUAUCGGCGAAUCCAAUCGAUGACCUUGCCACCAUCGUGGACGAAAUAUUCUAUCCAAUCAUCAGCAACCCGAGAAACCAGGACGGCUGGCCGGACGUAAUCAAGAAGGACGUCGACAGCCACUUUCAGGACCUGAGGAACAUCAUUACCGAGGUUAAGGGCAACAUCAUUAAUCAAACACUUCUACCCAUGCCAAUAUCGAUCGGGGAGGUGGAGAGCGUCGGUCAGCAGAUUGCCGAGGGCAAUCCCGACGGAUGCUCGUUGAAAAUGAAAAACUCCCUCGAAGGAAUCGUGAUCAAGUGGGCCUACCAAAUCAACGACGUACUGAAAGAGGACUCGACGGCAAUCUUCAAGGAUGGCCAUCAUCCGUCACCGCUGGAGGAGAUCAGUUUCUGGGAUGCCCGGCAAAGUAAUAUGCGCAACAUCUACGGGCAACUGUUGGAACCCCGGGUGCGCCAGAUUGGUGUCAUCCUGGAGGGGAUCGAUUCGGUGUACUUUUCCUCGUUCAAGUCAACGUUUCAGAGUGUGGUAGAAGCCGUUCACGAAGCCGAUGAUGUUACUUUGUUUCUGAAGCCAUUGAAAAGACAUUUCGAAACCUUUGAAAGUACCGAUUUCACGGACUCACUGGAACUGAUCGCUCCGAUGCUUCACUGCGUCUGUUUGCUGUGGGCACAUUCGUUCUACUACGGUACCAACAACCGCAUGAUGAUUCUGUUCAAGAUGAUCAGCAACAUGAUGAUCAGCGAGGCUAGCAAAUGUUUGGAUCCGGGUUCGUUGUUCCAAGGUGAACCCGACGAGUGUUUGUUCAAGAUCAACAAAGUGAUCGAAAUUUUGAUGUAUUACAAAGAUCAGUUCCACGAUUUCCACAGUCGCUUGAACGACUUUGUUCAGUUCAACACUCAGCCGACCUACUGGACGUUUCGUCUGCAAACGAUAUUCGACCGGCUCGAUCGGUUUCUUACCCGACUGAACCAGAUCAAAGACAUUUUCUACACGGCAACGGAGUUUCGCAAACUGGAGAAAGUCGAAAUCGGUGGACUGCGAGGCCGUGCCAUCAGCCGAAAAAUUCAGGAUGUUUACGAAGACUUUAACAGACUGUACCUACGCUGGGGAAACAUUCAGUACGACCCACUGGAUCCGGAUCCCAGUGAUAAGAAUUUCGAGCGUGAUCUGGGUAAGUAUCAGCAACGAUCGGACGUGUUGGAGCGGAAGUUGACGGCUCAAUUCGUGUUGGCAUUCGACGAGUGCAACAACGUAGAACAGCUCAUGAAGUUGGUACAGAUUGCUGGAACUCUGCUGAACCGACCCCUGAUUUUACCCGACGUUCAACGAAAGAUCACAAACAUUGUCAAUAUGUAUAACAACGAUCUGAACAUUGUGAAGCAAAUCUUCGACCAUGGCACCGCCGAAUACGCCAAACAUGGACUGCAGGGAAUUGAAAUCGAUCGGGGCUUUCCUCCGGUGGCUGGAGCUAUUCUUUGGGUUCACAAGAUGCGCGAUCGCAUCACGAAACCGAUCAAUGACCUGAGCAUGGUCGAGUAUCCGCUCUUCAAAGAGGAAGACGACGAAUUUGUGAUGAAGAAUUAUCGCGAAAUGAUGCAACAUCUGGAAGCGUUUGAGGGGAAACUGUUUCGCCAGUGGUCAUCGACUGUUGCUCAAACGAUCGUCACGCACAUGGGUAAAGCUUUGCUGAUUCGUAACGAGGAUAAAGGCGGUCUCCUAGAGAUGAACUUCAAUCAGGCUUUGGUCAUGAUCCUGCUGGAGAUACGAUAUAUGAAACGAAUGGGAUUGUUGAACAUCCCGGAGAAGGCGCUGAAUUUUUCCGAUUUGGAGGAAGUUCUUUGGCAAGCCCGCAUGAAACUGAUGCGAAUUGUCGAGUGGUACAACGAAAUCAUCGAGAGCUGCGUCGCCUGCGAGCGUGAUCUGAUCCACAAGGAAAUCAUCGAAAUCGACAAAACCAUCGGGCAGGCCUGCUCCGGUCGAAUCGAUUGGAACAAUUUUCAGGUCGCGUUCAUCGAAGGUUUUUACGAUAAUCUUAAAAAUCUGCACGAUCGGGUAUUGAAGGCCCACCGUAACAUCAGUCGGAUUCAGGACAGCAUACGCAGCUGGGGACAGGUUCCGAUGUAUCAACGUAAGAACGGAGAUACGAAAGCUCUGCUGGACAUAGACGAUCGUCCCGGAAAGGUUCAGCGGAGAUUGGAAGCUUGUCGCGAUACGAAAAAACUGAUCGAUGAGGCUAUGGAGCAAAACUUUCGCUAUUAUUUUGCUCUUUCCGUGGCGGAGCUAGAACAAAGUACGGUCUCUGACAUGUCUGUGAAAAAGUCCGGCACUGUGGAAUCUCUUCCGGUAGUUAAAGGACCAUCCGUUGAGGAAAAAGAUGCAGACGAAGAAUCACAAGUCGGUUCUUUGGAUCAAACAAUUUCUCGAAAACCCUCCGAGCUAGAGCGAACGGUUUCUCAGUUGGCUCUAUUCCGGCCUUACCAGGAGUACGUUGAUUCGUUGGUUUCGAAAGAGAUCCUGGAAGCUAUCAACACUAGCAUUCGGUACAUAAAAUUCGAAAUGGAAAAUCGCUUGGAACACAAUGCUCCGAUCUUUGAGAUUAAAUAUGAACUACACCCACCGAAAACUUAUUUCGUACCAACACUGGAUCCUUUCGAUCCGACCGGAUUCCUGGCAUUGGUCGAGGGUCUUCUGACCGAUAUUUACUGUAUGAGUACGAUUGCAAGGGUUGCUCAACCGCCGGAGGCUGAACGAACCGACGAAAAUGGCGAGCUGACCUUGGCCACUUAUCUUGACCACCUUGAUAACGACUUGGAAAUAGAACGGAUGAAAGAUUCCAUCAUUAACCGGUUGAUUCAGACGGUGCGGGAAGCAGACGAGUACAUCCAGCGAUUCGACGACUACAACUAUCUCUGGUUGGACGACAAACAGUCCGUGUUGGAACAGUUUCUGAAAUAUGGUCGCCCUUUGACGGCGGACGAAAUGGAAAUGUUGCUUUCCGCCGAUACCCCACUCCGAGAGGUCGCUCCAACGCUGGAACAGUUCAAGCUGCAGAUCGAUAGCUACUACGACCUGUACGACAAGAUUUUUGUGAACAUGGACAUUUCCACGGUGUUUGACGUGUGGCUGUCGAUAGAUUUGCGCCAUUUCAAAACCGUUCUACUGUUGGAAAUUAGCAAAUGGUCAAAUUUGUUCAAGAAUAACCUAAUCGACCGGGUGGUUGUCAGUCUACAGGACCUGGAGGACUUUGCCAACGAAUGUGAUGAAAUUUUCGUUCUGGAAGCUGCCGAAGAUGACUUCCCGACACUGCUGAAGAUUCUUUCCGUGUUGAAUAAACUCCGCGAGCGUGAAAACACCUACGACAACAUGUUUGAACCGUUGAAAGCCACGGUCGACCUACUGAAGGGCUACAACGUCGAGUUCGACGAGAAUGUGUACAAACAGUUUGCCGAACUGCCGGAACGGUGGCUUCAUAUCAAGAAAACGGCUUCGAAAGUCCGCGAGAAGAUAGCUCCGGCGCAGUCCUACCAGGUGGAUCUGAUCAAGAAGCGUAUCACGCUGUUCGACAUCCGUUCCAAGUUGUACAGGGAAGGUUUCAAGAAGUUGCCCUUCUUCAAGGUUCCCUGCGAAAACGUGUACCAGAUGUGCAAUCAGGUCAAUCUGGAGCUGAACAUCAUGGAAACGCAGAUGAAAAAUCUGUGCGAUUCGGCUGCGCUGUUCGAGCUGAACCCUCCGGACGAUCUGAAGCUGCGGCAGUGUCGGAAGGAAAUUCGCAUGGUCAAACAAGUCUGGGACUUUGUGUAUGCGGUCGAAUCGUGCGUUAACGAUUGGAAGAAAACUCCGUGGAAGAAGAUCGACGUGGAAGCGAUGGAAGUCGAGUGCAAGAACUACGGCAAACAGAUCCGCCAGCUGGACAAGGAUAUGCGCUCGUGGAAUCCGUACCAGCAUGUGGAAGCCGUGCUAAAGAAUUUGCUGACUUCGCUGCGGGCUAUCACCGAGCUGCAGAAUCCGGCCAUUCGGGAACGACACUGGAUCGAACUGAUGCAUGCGACGAAGCUGUUGAAAACUUAUGGAAGGGAAAUGUUGGUCCGUUUCCGUAUGGACGAUUCGACGACGUUGGCCGAUCUGUUAGAGCUGAAUCUGCACAACUACGAAGAGGAGGUAAAAACCAUCGUCGACAAAUCCGUCAAGGAGAUGGGAAUGGAGAAGGUGCUGCGGGAUCUGGAGGUGGCCUGGAAGGAUUUGGUUUUCGAGUAUGAUUCGCACGAACGGACCGGACUGAAGCUGUUGAAGGUUUCCGAGGAGAUCAUCGAAAUGCUGGAGGAAAAUCAGGUGCAACUGCAGAACCUGAUGUCAUCGAAGUACAUUGCCUUCUUCCUGGCGGAAGUUUCCAAAUGGCAACUGGCACUGUCCAAUGCGGAUCAGGUGAUAACGGCGUGGUUCGAGGUUCAGCGCAAGUGGAUGUAUCUGGAGAGUAUCUUCAUCGGUUCGGAGGACAUUCGCAAUCAACUGCCGGAGGAUUCCAAACGGUUCGACGGGAUCGAUCGGGAAUUUAAACGAUUACUGGGGGAAAUUACGGCUAGUCCGAAUAUUGUUCGUGCCACCAACCGAGAGGGGCUGUUUGAUAAGCUGGAAGUGCUGCAGUCGGAGUUGGUGAUGUGUGAAAAGGCACUGAAUGACUACCUGGAGACCAAGCGAUUGGCAUAUCCUCGGUUCUAUUUCGUAUCGUCGGCUGAUUUGUUGGACAUUCUGUCCAACGGCAACCAACCGGAGCUGGUGGCAAAACAUCUGACGAAAUUGUACGAUUCGAUUGCCAAGCUGGUGUUUUCCAAACUCUCCAAAAAAGUGGCCGUCGGAAUGAUUUCCAAGGAGAACGAAGAGUACGUGGCUUUCAAGGACAACUGUGACUGCAGCGGAAAGGUGGAAAUCUGGUUAAACCGCGUGACGGAUUCGAUGCGAAUGACGCUGCAUGAUCUGUUCGAACAGGCAGUGAUCGCGUACGAGGAAAAACCACGCGAUCAGUGGAUCUUCGAUUGGCCUGCGCAACCGGCACUCUGUGCUACGCAAAUCUGGUGGACGACGGAAGUCAACGUGGCUUUUGCCCGGUUAGAGGAAGGCUACGAAAAUGCUCUCAAAGACUACCAGAAGAAGCAGAUUGUUCAGUUGAGUGCGCUGAUCGUUUUGCUGUGCGGUGAACUGUCGCAAGGCGAUCGCCAGAAAAUCAUGACCAUCUGUACGAUCGAUGUCCACUCGCGUGAUGUCGUAGCGAAGAUGAUCUUGCAGAAGGUGGAAACGGGUCAGGCUUUUCAGUGGCAGAGUCAGCUACGGCAUCGCUGGGAUGAUCAAGUGAAGGAUUGCUUUGCCAACAUUUGCGAUGCCCAGUUUCGGUACGACUACGAGUACCUGGGAAAUACACCCCGGCUGGUGAUCACUCCGUUGACCGAUCGGUGCUACAUCACACUGACACAGUCACUUCAUCUGAUCAUGGGUGGUGCUCCGGCUGGUCCAGCCGGAACGGGCAAAACCGAAACUACCAAAGAUUUGGGUCGCGCUCUCGGCAUCAUGGUGUACGUGUUCAACUGUUCGGAACAAAUGGACUAUAAAUCAUGCGGCAACAUCUACAAGGGACUGUCACAAACCGGUGCCUGGGGUUGCUUUGACGAGUUCAACCGGAUCUCGGUGGAGGUGCUGUCGGUGGUAGCCGUCCAGGUGAAGGCGAUCCAGGAUGCCAUCAAGGGUGAACAGAAAUAUGCAACCCUUAGUGAUAUCAAGAGCAAGAAGGAACGGUUCAACUUCAUGGGUGAGACCAUCUCGCUCAUCCCGACGGUGGGUAUCUUCAUCACGAUGAAUCCCGGUUAUGCCGGCCGUACCGAGUUGCCGGAGAAUCUGAAGGCCCUGUUCCGACCGUGCGCAAUGGUGGUGCCGGAUUUUGAGCUGAUCUGUGAAAUUAUGCUGGUCGCCGAGGGGUUCCAGGAAGCUCGAUUGUUAGCGCGGAAGUUCAUCACGCUGUACACGCUCUGCAAGGAACUGCUGUCCAAGCAGGAUCACUACGAUUGGGGAUUGCGUGCGAUCAAGUCGGUCCUGGUGGUGGCCGGAUCACUGAAGCGAGGAGAUCGCGAACGACCAGAGGAUCAGGUGCUGAUGCGUGCCCUGAGAGAUUUUAACAUCCCAAAAAUUGUAACUGAUGACGUGCCGGUUUUUAUGGGUCUUAUCGGGGAUUUGUUCCCGGCGUUAGAUGUACCGAGAAAACGAUCACCCGAUUUUGAACGAUUGAUUCGUAAGUCUACCAUCGAACUGAAACUUCAACCCGAGGAUAACUUCAUCCUGAAGGUGGUUCAACUGGAAGAGCUAUUUGCCGUACGGCAUUCGGUGUUCAUCGUCGGAUUUGCCGGAACCGGCAAGACUCAGGUUUGGAAAAGUUUGUUUAAAACAUAUCAAAAUCAACGCCGAAAGCCCCAUUUCAACGAUUUGGAUCCGAAAGCCGUAACCAACGAUGAACUGUUUGGCAUAAUCAACCCGGCGACACGUGAAUGGAAAGAUGGACUAUUCUCGGUGAUUAUGCGCGAUCAAGCGAACAUGGGUGGCAACGGACCGAAAUGGAUCGUGCUGGAUGGGGACAUCGAUCCCAUGUGGAUUGAAAGUCUGAACACCGUCAUGGAUGACAACAAAGUAUUGACGCUGGCCAGUAAUGAACGAAUCGCUUUGACGAAGGAAAUGCGACUGCUGUUUGAAAUCUCCAACCUUCGAACGGCGACUCCGGCUACCGUUUCCCGAGCGGGAAUUCUGUACAUUAAUCCACAGGAUCUCGGAUGGAAUCCAUUCGUCGCCUCCUGGAUCGAUUCGCGAGAAACCCAAGCCGAAAAGAGCAUCCUUUCCGUCCUGUUCGACAAAUACAUUCCUCCACUGAUCGAGGCUCACAAACGAUUCAAAAAGAUCACUCCCAUUUCGGAAAUCGCCAUGAUCCAAAUGACCUGUCACCUGUUGGAUUGUCUGAUGACGCCGCAAAAUCUACCGCCGGACAGUCCCAAAGAGUGGUACGAAAUUUACUACGUAUUUGCGGUCAUCUGGGGCUUUGGUUCUUCGCUGUAUCAAGAUCAACUGGUGGAUUGGCGCAACGAGUUUCACAAGUGGUGGAUCAAUGAGUUCAAAGCCAUCCGUUUCCCACCGGGAGGAACCAUCUUCAACUACUACAUUGAUCCGGAAACGAAAAAAUUUAACCCCUGGACGGAUCUCGUACCGAGUUUCGAACUAGACACGGACGUUCCCCUGCAGUCGAUCCUGGUUCCAACGGCCGAAACUACCCGGCUCCGUUGGUUUAUGGAUAUACUGAUCGAAGCAAAGCAUCCGGUCAUGUUGAUCGGAGGUGCCGGCUCCGGUAAAAGUGUUAUCGUAGCCGACAAACUCAAUAACCUUUCGUACAACUAUGCCGUCACCAAUGUUCCGUUCAAUUUCUACACAACGUCGGAAAUGCUUCAACGGGUGCUGGAGAAACCACUGGAGAAGAAAGCCGGUAGAAACUAUGGACCGCCCGGGAGUAAAACCAUGGUCUACUUCGUGGACGAUAUGAACAUGCCGGAAGUGGACACCUACGGCACAGUCCAACCGCACACGUUGAUCCGUCAGUUCAUGGACUAUCGGCAUUGGUACGAUCGAACCAAACUGACGCUGAAGGACAUCCACAACUGUCAGUUUGUGUCCUGCAUGAACCCAACCGCCGGUUCGUUCACCAUCGAUUCCCGACUGCAGCGUCAUUUCUGUGUCUUUGCCGUUAGUUUCCCGGCUGGCGAUCCACUCUAUCACAUCUACUAUUCGAUUCUGUCGCAACAUCUCAGUAAUCCGCUGAAUAAAUUCUCCAUUCAAACGCAGAAAAUCUGCGCCGCUUUAGUUUCCUGUGCCCUGAAUCUUCAUCUACGUAUGGGACAAACGUUUCUACCGACGGCGAUCAAGUUCCACUACGUUUUCAACCUACGCGAUUUGGCCAACAUUUUCCAGGGAAUGCUGUUCGCAAACGGUGACACUUGUCCGGAACCGAACUAUCUGAUCCGGCUGUGGGUACACGAAGCUACCCGAGUGUACAGCGAUAAGCUGGUGGAUGAUCGAGACAUCGAAACCUACCGGAAGUUGCGUUCGGACGUUGUGAAGAAAUCGUUCGAAGAUUUCGACGAGAGCAAAGUGUUUACGGCACCCAUCAUCUACUGUCACUUUGCCGACGGGUUGGUCGAUCCAAAGUACAUGCCCGUGGCCAGCUGGGAAAGUUUGACCAGAACGUUGGGAGAGGCACAGUCUAAUUACAACGACAUGAUCGGUGCGAUGAAUCUGGUGCUGUUUGAAGACGCCAUGAGUCACGUCUGUCGGAUCAACCGGAUUCUGGAGGGACCGAGAGGUAACGCGCUACUGAUCGGAGUCGGUGGCUCCGGAAAGCAAUCACUUUCGCGAUUGGCCGCUUUCAUUUCCGGGCUGGAGGUAUCACAGAUUCAACUGCGAAAGGGUUACGGGAUUACCGAUUUGAAAGCGGAUUUGGGUGUGCUGUAUAUGAAGACGGGGGUGAAGAAUGUUCCCUGUAUGUUUCUGAUGACCGAUGCACAGGUGGCGGAAGAAUCAUUUCUGGUACUGAUCAAUGAUUUGUUGGCGUCCGGAGAAAUUCCGGAACUGUUUGCCGAAGAUGAAGUUGACAAUAUUGUGAAUGCCUUGAGGAACGAAGUUAAGCAGCUGGGAAUGUUGGACACGAAGGAAAACUGCUGGAAGUAUUUCAUAGACAAAGUACGGAAAUCGUUGAAAAUUGUGCUGUGCUUUUCGCCGGUUGGAUCAACGUUGCGUAUUCGAGCUAGGAAAUUCCCGGCAUUGGUGAACUGCACCGCCAUUAAUUGGUUCCAUGAGUGGCCCAAGACGGCACUGGAGUCGGUGUCCACUCGGUUUCUAGCGGAUGUUGAAGUUAUGCCAGCAGAUUUGGUAGAACCGGUGGCCGUAUUUAUGGCAUUUGUGCACGGAACCGUGAACGAAAUGUCGCACAUCUAUCUCCAGAACGAACGGCGAUACAAUUAUACAACACCGAAAUCUUUCUUGGAGUUGAUAGCACUGUACUCGAAGUUUGUCCGAGAAAAACAUGCCGAGUUGAAUGAUCGCGUGCAGCGAUUGGAGAGCGGCAUACUGAAGCUGGCGGAGUGUGCCGAACAGGUCGACUCAUUGCAGGUUCAACUGGCCGAACAGGAGGUGGUUUUGAAGAAGAAAAAUCAGGAAGCGGACAAGCUGAUCAAAGUGGUCGGUGCCGAGAACGAAAAGGUACAGAAGGAGAAGAACUUUGCCGCCGAGGAGGAGAAAAAGGUUCGCAUAAUCGAGGAGGAUGUCGGUGUGAAGGCCAAGAUUUGUGAGGAAGAUUUGAAGAAGGCCGAACCGGCGUUACUCGCGGCACAGGAAGCUCUGAACACCCUAGACAAGACCAACCUGACCGAGUUGAAGUCGUUCGGAUCCCCUCCGGAACAGGUCGUGAAGGUAUGCGCUGCCGUCUUGGUUCUUUUCUCGCCGAAGGGAAAGAUUCCCAAGGAUCGCAGCUGGAAGGCCUGCAAGAUGAUGAUGAACAAGGUCGAUGUGUUUCUGAACGAUCUGCUGUACUACGACAAGGAGCACAUCCAGCCGGAUGUUAUCAAAGCGCUGCAGGAGUACCUCAAGGACCCUGAUUUCGAUCCGGAGAAAAUCCGUGCCAAAUCUGCGGCUGCGGCCGGGUUGAGUGCCUGGGUAAUCAAUAUCCACAAGUUCUACCAGGUGUACCUGGUAGUGGAACCGAAGCAGCGGGCUCUGAACGAAGCCCAGAGCGAACUGAAGGCAGCUCAGGACAAACUGAUGGACCUGACGACGAUGAUCAAUGAGCUGGAAGAACGGUUGGGGGUGAUUCAGGCCGAGUUCAACGAUGCGCUAGCCGAGAAGCAGAAAUGUCAGGACGAGGCGGAUAAAACCGCAUUCACGAUUGACCUCGCCCAUCGUCUGGUGAAUGGACUGGCGUCGGAAAAUGUGCGCUGGCGGGAAUCGAUAGCCCAGCUGAAGAGUCAAACGGUGACUCUACCCGGCGAUGUGUUAUUGAUUGCCUGUUUUAUCAGCUACGUCGGUUGUUUCACCAGACGAUACCGGGUCGAGUUGCAGGAGAAGAUGUGGAUUCCGACUUUCCGGUUGUCGAAGCCGGCAAUUCCCUUCACCGAGGGUGUCGAUCCUUUGAAUCUAAUCGUGGAUGAUGCAACGAUCGCUUCGUGGAACAACGAGGGACUUCCCUCGGAUCGAAUGUCGUCGGAAAACGCAGCCAUCUUGACGUAUUCCUCCCGGUGGCCUCUGAUGAUUGAUCCUCAGCUUCAAGGUUUAAAAUGGAUCAAACAAAAGUACGGUGCCGAUCUGACGGUGCUUCGACUGACCACCAAAGGUUACCUGGAUACGAUCGAGAAGUGCAUCGUUGACGGCAGUAUUCUGUUGAUCGAAAACAUUGGCGAAACCGUCGAUGCAGUGCUGGAUCCUUUACUCGGUCGACAGCUGGUCAAAAAGGGCAAAUGUCUUCGGAUGGGCGAAAAGGAGAUCGACUUUAAUCCAAACUUUCAGCUAAUUAUGCAAACCAAGUUGGCUAAUCCGCACUAUAAGCCGGAAAUGCAGGCACAAACUACGCUGAUCAAUUUCACCGUCACCCGCGAUGGACUCGAGGAGCAACUGCUGGCCGAAGUGGUCAAAGCCGAACGACCCGAUCUGGAACAGCAAAAGGCCGAUCUUACCAUGCAGCAAAACACGUUCAAGAUCACGUUAAAGAUGCUCGAGGAUGACCUGUUAAGCAGACUGUCGUCGGCCGGUGAAAACGUUCUCGAAGAUGCUACUCUCGUACUGAACCUGGAGAAAACUAAGAAAACCGCUGCCGAAGUCGAGAUCAAAGUUCGUGAAGGCAAGAAAACUUCCGAGCAGAUUGAUGUGGCUCGGGAGAGCUACCGACCGGCAGCCGAACGGGCCUCGAUCCUUUACUUUAUUCUGAAUGACCUGCACAAAAUUAACCCGAUUUAUCAAUUCUCGCUGAAGGCGUUCACAACCGUAUUCAAGGAUGCGAUCUCCAUAACUCCUCCGGCCGAAAAGCUGAAGGAUCGCGUUUUUAAUUUGCUAGACUCGAUCACCUUUGCCGUCCACAUGUACACCAGCCGUGGACUGUUCGAGAAGGAUAAACUGAUCUUUAUGGCCCAGAUGACCAUUCAGAUCCUGCUGCAGGCAAAGGAGAUUGACCCGGCCGAGCUGGACUUUUUGCUACGCUUCCCGUACACUCCCAAUCUGACUUCGCCGUUCGAUUUCCUAACCAACGCCGGCUGGGGUGGUAUCAAGGCACUUUCCAGUAUGGACGAAUUCCGAUCGCUCGAUAAAGAUAUCGAGGGAUCUUCGAAACGUUGGCGCAAACUGAUCGAAUCCGAGUGUCCCGAACGGGAGAAAAUGCCCGGAGAGUGGAAGAAUAAAAAUGCCCUGCAAAGGCUGUGCAUAAUGCGUUGCAUGAGACCCGAUCGGAUGACGUAUGCAGUGCGAGCCUUUGUCGAGGAAAAACUGGGCGCCAAAUAUGUGGAAGCGCGAAUGGUCGAAUUUGACAAAUCGUUCCGAGAGACCAGCUCAUCGACGCCGGUGUUCUUCAUUCUGUCGCCGGGAGUUGAUCCCCUUAAGGAUGUUGAAAAACUGGGCAAAAAGAUGCGCUAUUCAACCGAUCAUGGAAAUUUCUACAACGUUUCGUUGGGUCAAGGUCAGGAAGUGGUUGCCGAGGGGGCCAUCGACGUUGCCUCCAAGGAAGGUCACUGGGUUAUCUUGCAAAACAUUCAUCUGGUGGCGAAGUGGUUGUCGACAUUGGAGAAAAAAAUGGAAGCCACCCUGGAGGACGCUCACGACAACUAUCGGCUGUUUAUCAGCGCCGAACCGGCACCGUCUCCCGAGUUUCAUAUAAUUCCGCAGGGCAUUCUGGAAUCGGCUAUCAAAAUCACAAACGAACCACCAACCGGAAUGCUGGCAAACAUUCACAAGGCCUUGGAUAACUUCAACCAGGAGACACUGGAAAUGUGUGGAAAAGAGGCCGAAUUCAAAGCGAUCUUGUUUUCGCUCUGCUACUUCCAUGCUGUGGUGGCCGAACGUCGAAAGUUUGGUCCGCAAGGCUGGAAUCGUGUCUAUCCGUUUAACGUCGGGGAUCUCACGAUCAGCGUUUACGUUCUGUACAAUUAUCUGGAGGCGAACAACCGUGUACCGUGGGAAGAUCUUCGGUAUCUUUUCGGGGAAAUUAUGUACGGUGGUCACAUCACGGAUGAUUGGGAUCGGCGGCUGUGUCGAACCUAUCUGGAAGAACUGAUGCAACCGGAACUGGUCGACGGAGAUUUAAAUCUGUGCACGGGUUUCCCCGCACCUCCGAAUCUAGACUAUCCGGGAUAUCACAAUUAUAUCGAUGACAACCUGCCCGUAGAAUCGCCCUACCUGUACGGGCUUCAUCCGAAUGCGGAAAUUGGUUUUCUAACUACCCUCUCGGAGCAACUGUUCAAAACCAUAUUCGAACUACAACCACGUGAUUCGGGAGCAACAAGCGGCUCCAGCGUGAGUCGAGAAGACGUGGUGAAAACCAUUAUCGAAGAUUUCUCCGAUAAACUUCCGGAAGAGUUCAACAUGGCCGAGUUGAUGGCCCGGGUUGAAGAUCGAACACCGUUUGUGAUUGUCGCUUUUCAAGAGUGCGAACGUAUGAACAUUUUGGUUCGCGAGAUGAAGCGAUCCCUCCGGGAACUGAUGCUCGGUCUCAAGGGUGAACUGACCAUCACUUCGGAUAUGGAAGAACUGGAGGCGGCACUGUUUUUCGAUCACGUUCCCGAGAAUUGGACCAAACGUGCCUACCCGUCGAUGUUUGGCUUGCAGUCGUGGUUUGCCGAUUUGACCAUUCGAAUUAAGGAGUUGGAAUCGUGGUCGAAUGAUUUCAAUCUGCCGUCUUCGGUUUGGUUGGCCGGAUUCUUCAAUCCGCAGAGUUUCCUGACGGCGAUUAUGCAACAGACGGCACGUAAAAAUGAAUGGCCACUGGAUAAAAUGUGUCUGAGCUGUGACGUCACGAAGAAGUGGAAAGAAGACAUCAGUGCUCCUCCUCGGGAAGGGGCCUACGUCAAUGGACUGUACAUGGAAGGUGCCCGGUGGGAUACCACGAUUGGGUCGAUUUCCAGCUCGCGACUGAAGGAACUGUUCCCGCAGAUGCCGGUCAUCUUCAUUAAAGCUAUCACGCAGGACAAACAGGAAACGAAGAACAUCUACGAAUGUCCGGUCUACAAGACAAGAAUUCGAGGGCCCACAUACGUAUGGACAUUUAAUCUGAAAACGAAGGAAAAACCGGCUAAGUGGACAUUGGGAGGAGUUUGCUUGCUGCUUCAGGUGUAAUUUGAAUGAAUGGAAAAGCCGUUGUUAUUUAUCGAUCUCUCGAUGUUGACAUAAAUAAA